CCAAAUCCUCUCACCAGUCCAAACCUAAACAGCCCCACAUAUCACCAUGUCCGGCUCCUGCUGUGGUUCCAUCUGUUCCUCCCAGGGCUGUGGCACAGAAUGCUGCCAGCCCUCCUGCUGCCAGCCCUGCUGCUGCCGCGACCCCUGCUGCUGCCGCCCCGUGAGCUGCCAGACCACUGUGUGCCGCCCCGUGACCUGCACCUGCCGCUGCACGCGCCCCAUCUGUGAGCCCUGUCGCCGCCCUGUGUGCUGUGACCCCUGCUCCCUGCAGGAGGGCUGCUGCCGCCCCAUCAGCUGCUGCCCCACGUCCUGCACUGCAGUGGUCUGCCGCCCCUGCUGCUGGGCCUCCACCUGCUGCCAGCCCAUCUCUGUGCAGGCGCCCUGCUGCCGCCCCUCCUGCUGCCAGCCUGCCCCCUGCCGCACCACCUGCAGGACCUCCCCCUGCUGCUGAACCGCCCAUUGAGAAAUAUUCCCAGUGUUCAGAAACAUGCAAAAACACUUCCCACCCCAGAGGAUCCUAUGAGAGAUACCUCCUUUGCAACUUACCUGCUCUUCAGUAACUAACUCAACAGUAUCUGUCUAUCCACUUUCCCACAUAAUUACCCAGUUAAUAUCGGCCUCUUCUAUAACCUUUAGAAACAUCCCAACUUUCAUCAUUUGAAUUCCUGGCUUGAAAAAAUGAGUGAACAAAGAUCAAAAUUCCUCUUGAAUGGAGCUCUAUCCUGCUGACUCAUCAUCACAUCUCUGCUGUUACAUGACGGGACAUAUUUUGAGGAUAUCAUUAUAUUUAUGCUAGGUUUUUACAUGGCAAAAUAAUAAAAAUUUUAUUUCUGGUUAUCAAAAA